GGAUCGCAUGGCAACAUGCAAUUACUUUUUUUGCAGAGAUAAGCAUACCACAUACUGAUUUAGCUGGGCUAGCUGAUGUGCUGUUUGCAUACAUGUAACAUGGGUGAUUGGCAUCCAAUCAUGCCAGCAGCAUCAGCAGCCCUGCUAGUUUUCAUAGUAUGCAUCCCCCUUCCAGCAAUGGCAGCAGCGGCCGGAGUCUCAUCCGACCGCUCCAUGUCUUUGCCAGGCUGCCCCGACAAGUGUGGCGACGUGCUCAUCCCGUACCCCUUCGGCAUUGGGGAAGACUGCGCCGCAGCCAGCCAGAACAGCUACUUCAACCUCAUCUGCAACAGCACGAUUGAUCCACCACGGCCAAUGGCUGGUCCUCCAGAAGCAGUAGCUGAGGUCGCUGACAUCUCACUGGAGCAUGGCGAGAUGCGUGUGCUCAGCCCUGUCAGCCACAUCUGCUUCAAGUCAAACACCACAUUCACCAAGUUCACCGGAGGGUACCGGCUGCAGGACUCGCCCUUCCUACCCUCUCCAUCGCGCAACCACUUCACAGUCAUUGGCUGUAACACCAUGGGGCUCAUCGGCGGUCAGAAGGGCACCGCGAACCAGUACGUAGCUGGCUGCUACUCCUACUGUGAUGGUGUCAACAAUACGUCGGAUGGCGCACCAUGUGCUGGGAUGGGCUGCUGUGAGUCUGCCAUCCCAGCCAACCUCACCACCUUCGAGAUCAUCUUUGCAACGAACCAGAGCCAGGUAUGGGGCUUCAACCCAUGCUUCUACGCCAUGAUAGCCGAGGUUGGGUGGUACAAUUUCAGGCAGCAGGACCUCGUCGGCAACCUUGGGUUUAUCAAAGAUCGAGCCGGGAGGGGUGCUCCAUCCAUCGCUGACUGGGCCAUUAGGAAUGGCUCGUGUCCAGAGGAGGGGAAAAACGCACCUAAUGACUAUGCCUGCAUCAGUGCAAACAGUUACUGCAUGGCCACGAACAAUGGUCCAGGGUACCUAUGCCAGUGCUCCAAAGGAUAUGAGGGCAAUCCUUAUCUUCUGAACGGCUGUCAAGACACAGAUGAGUGUGCGUUGCGUAAGCAGGACCAUAAGUAUGAAGAUUUGUAUCCAUGCAGAAAAGGGAUCUGCCACAACACACCGGGGAGCUACCUAUGCAAAUGCAAGACAGGAAAAAGAUCUGAUGGUACAAAUUUUGGAUGCCAAUCUCUGCAUUCUCCAGCUCAAAUAUUGGUUAUCGGCCUAAGUGUUUGUGUUUCUGCAACUGUGGCGAUGGCGUUAACAUGCAUGUUGCUCAUGCAAUUUCAACGUAAAAAGCACAAGAGGGAGAAAGAUGAGUACUUCAAACAAAAUGGAGGUCUCAAGUUAUAUGACGAGAUGAGAUCAAGGCAAGUUGACACAAUCCGCAUACUUACAGAGAAAGAGAUAAAGAGAGCCACUGACAACUACAAUGAAGAUCGAGUUAUUGGAUGCGGUGGUCAUGGUAUGGUCUACAGAGGAACUUUGGAUGAUGAAAAAGAGGUUGCCAUAAAGAAGUCCAAAGCAGUCAACGAUGAUUGCAGAGAAGAAUUUGUCAAUGAGAUUAUAAUUUUCUCACAAAUCAAUCACCGAAACAUUGUGAGGCUACUCGGCUGUUGUCUAGAUGUAAAUGUCCCAAUGUUGGUCUACGAGUUUGUCUCCCAUGGUACUCUAUCUGAGUUCCUUCACGGUGCUGAUCCUAGAUCGCCAAUCCCAUUUGAUCUUCGCCUGAAGAUUGCUACACAGUCAGCAGAAGCUCUAGCUUACUUACAUUCGUCGACAUCUCGCACAAUCCUACAUGGGGAUGUCAAGUCUGCCAACAUUCUCUUGGAUGAUCAGCUCAACGCAAAGGUUGCUGAUUUCGGAGCAUCAGCACUUAAGUCCAUGGAUGAAAGUGAGUUCAUCAUGUUUGUUCAUGGAACCCUUGGCUACCUUGAUCCUGAGAGCUUUACCAGUCGCCGCCUCACCGACAAAAGUGACGUAUACAGUUUUGGGGUGGUUCUUCUGGAGCUGAUGACACGAAAGAGGGCUAUAUAUACUGACAGCUUCAAUGAAAAGGAAUCAUUGUCAUAUACUUUUCCUUUGAUGUUUCAUCAGAAGACGCAUCACGUUAUGCUGGACUCUGAAAUUACAGAUGAUGCAGGCAUGGUGGUCCUUGAGAACAUGACUGAACUUGCAGUUCACUGCCUUAGCCAGAGGGGAAAUGACAGGCCAACAAUGAAGGAAGUUGCAGAGAGACUAGAGAUGAUGAGGAGACUCCAUUUGCACGCAACCAAUGGUCAUGAUGACAACCACUUUGCACGAAACUACAGAGGAUCCUCUUCAGUUGUUGUCCCUUUCGACGAGACAGCACAUGGGACCAUCGAUAUGUCCGAACUAGUUGAAGAUCUUGAAAGAUGAUGUUUGUAUUUGAUGCAGAGUCAAUUCUUUUGUUUGGGAUAUGCAACUCUAAAUAUUUAACCCACCCACUGUUGUAAUAAGUUUGCCAGUUUCAAAUCUUAACAUUUGAUUUGACAUGCUGGAUAAACCGCCACAUACGCCAUUAUUAAUUUGUAACACUUAACCCCAUUGUAGUU